AUGGAUGACCUCUUUGAAGAAAUCAAUUGCAGGUCGAAGUCAGACUCAAUAGUGAUGAGGCUUUUGAGAUCUGCCAUGGAUGAAGCGCAUGAAAAAGUUCAGUCUCAAAAUGGCCCUAUUGAAUUUCUUCACGAGAGAUCAAAAUUUUAUGAAUUGGCAGCAAUUCUAGUGGAUGGUAGUCUCAACAUUGUUGAAGAAGAGGAAGAUAUUCAAGAAACAAACCGCGAGAAAAUGCUUUCUGACUUGACAGAAAUCAAACACUGGCUCCAGAGACGCAUUGCAGAAAUGAGGAUUUUGAUAAUUGAGAAAGACAAGGAACUAAUGGAGAGGGUAGAGAAUGAGUUGAAGCUUCGGCGUGCAGCGGAGUUAAAUGCCAGAGAGUUGGCUUACUUACGGGAGAAACUAGAGACUGAGAGAACAAAGGGUGCAGACCUCCCGGAUUAUAUUCCAAGCAGUGAAGAAAUUGAGGAUGAUCGAGCCCAAGGUGGUGAUAUUCGUGAAUUGAAGAGUUCCGUGGAUCAGCAAGUUUUGAAUAUCAAGCAGAAAUUGGAGGAUGAGCGAAAAACUUUGACAAGAAGGAUUAGAGGUAGAAGUUCCAGGUCUUUCGACAGUGAACUUUAUUCCAAACUCUUCGACGAGGAUAUACAUGCAGGUUCUGGAUGGAUGAAAGACAAGGUUUUCGGGCACGACCAUGUUUCAGGAUUCAAGUCACUGAAAAAUUCAAUAAACCCUGGAAAGAACAACGUGAUGAUUCAGCAGAUGAGUUCUGACAUAGAUAUUCUGAAAGGAACUUUGGAUCUCGCCUUUGGGAGGAUGCGAAAUGCUGAGGUGUUUCCAUUAGAGAAGCAGUGGACGUGGAGCAUUGAGAAAGAUGUAAUUGUGAUUUCAGUUAAGGGCUUCAUAAAUGACAUUCAACAAAAUUUUAAAACAGGAUUUGAGAAGAGAGGCUGGUCUCUUCCUGUUGGCUUCAGCAGGGAGAAAUGGACAGAAUUGAUCAAUAAUGCAAGAGCCUUGCACGAUGAACUAAGUGCUUUGUGCAGUCAGGGUAGGAUAGAGGAGAAAGGACUCGAAAUGCAUGAGCUUUCGGGUUUCCCAUCAUCAAUCAAGCGAACAACCAGUGAGCCUUUACCAGAAGUUUUGCGUAAGGUUCCUGAGAAGGAUUCAGAUCCAGGAGGAAGCCACUAUGUUGCAAAGAUGGUAAAGAAUCAUGAGUCCUUUAUUCAGAAACAGCGUAAAUGUGAAGAGUGGAAUUGGCUAGCAAGAGAAGUUCUACGAGGGAAGGGGCCCUCAUCUAUUAAGAGAGACAAGGAUCCUGAUGAACUGGAAAGCAGAAUACGGAAAGUUAUUGAAAGACUGGACAAUCUUAUGAUGUGGGAUGGUAAUCCAGGAUAUAAUAAAGGAUUUUGUGAUAAGACAGCUGUUUUGGAGACAAGUUUGACAAAGAUUGAUAGAACAGCUAAUGAGAACAUAAAUGCAGGAAGUGGUGUAGACUUGAGUAAUGAAAUAAGGAAACUCGAGCAAGAAAGGGACGAUCUGAAAUUGCAGAGCUUCAUCAUUGACGAAAUCUACUUAUUAAUUCUUGUAGGUUUUGCAAAAAGCUUAUACCUUGAGUUGUUGAAUGAAAACAACGAGAGCCUCAUUAGAGGUGAUAGUCAUAACCUGUCAGUGAAUGAUUCCGAAGAUCAUCAUGGAGUCAAAAUAGACGAUCUUCAAAUUCAGAAGGCAGGCGAAUCUGAAGAAGAAACUGCAUGUGAAAUUUUGCAGCAUUACCUGGAAAGCUCUAUUAGGGAGAGUGUAUAUGCAGUCUACUUUCAGCAAACAGUUAUUGAAUUGGAUACGAACAUUAAACAAAAUGCUGAUGAUUACCUUGUGAAGCAAGAGCUGAUGGAAGUCGUCUUUGGGGAGACAUUGCAAUGUAUUGAGAAGAGCGGCAAUUUGGUUAUAAGGCAACUUCAAAUAGAAAUUGAAGGUUUUGAAACCUUGAUUGAUAACCUCCACAGCAGUGACACGGUACCAGAGACUGUAGGCAGCCUAUUAAAAGAGGACAUUUAUAUCGUGUACUUUAGAGAGCUUUUCAAUAGGUUGAGAACAGAAAUAGAUGCUUAUAACAUUGAGAUACUUGUUAAAGACGAGAUAUAUCAGUUUGUCUUGGUUGAAUUGGUGAAAGAAUUCUUUGUUACCAUUGGACAAUCUGAAACAUGGGACCAGGUGCAAAUUUCUAAAGAUUUUCCUCCUACAAAAUUGGACAUGCAUCCAGAGCAAACCCUGAUUGAAAAGCCUGACUCCUAUUCUAGGAACUGCAACAAAGAGGAAAUUGUGAACACGAGUAAUCAGACAAAGGAACUCAUAGAUCACCGUGUUGAGGUGGCUGAGGAUGACAGUAUCGAAUUACUGUCAUAUGAUGUUGAGAGAACUUUCGGUACAGAGAGCGAAUUAUUAGAAAUAUCAUCAGAUAAACUGCUUGAAAGCAAGGCAUCGGUACUACAUAUGGAGAAUAGUUCAGGCUCCAUAGCUAAAGACCAAAAAGAAGAUGAUCAUCAAGCCCUGAUACAUCCUACAGAGGGGGUUGACUCCAAAGGACAGUACGCCUAUGAAGAAGAAAAUCAACAAAAUCGAUCUGUUUUCUCGCCUGUCGUGGGAUUUCAGCGACUAGUAGUGGAUUUUGAGCAAAUGGUGCACAAAAAGUUAGAAUCGUAUUGUUUAAGGGUGGAGACGCUGAAGCGUCAAACAAAUGGAUUAGCUCACCUUGCGGCCUCGAUAAGAAAAAAGAAGUCGCUUUACAAGAAGGCUUUCAUAGCUAGAUCCCACAAUUUGCAAUUAGCUGAAACUGAGGUUGAUUUACUUGGGAAUCAAGUGGACAAACUUCUAUGCUUACUCGAGAACAUAUACCGGAUACUGCGCCAAAAUUCAACAGUUCUGUCUCCAUAUUUUGGGGUUUUGGACAUGUUAAAAGUGAUCAAGAAAGAGUUAGCUGAGGGAGCUGCUUGA